AUGGUGGACAUCAUUCUUGAUGGAAACUGUAAUUGUUUUUCUAAUACUACUUUUUUCAAGGUUAAAAAUGGUAAGAAUAUUUCAUUUUGGUUCAGCAAGUGGAUUGGAAACCAAGCGUUGAAGGACGUGUUCUCAGAGUUGUUUGUUUUGGCCGCUGACCUGAUAAGCAGAAAGGUAGAUGCAGGCCAGUGGGAUCAUGAAGUUCGGAGAUAG